GUGGCUUCCUGCUGGCUUUAUAAAAAUCUAAACACCCAGGCGUAGUUCCUCCAGUCAGUAUUUUCCCAGACCAGAAAAUAGCAAUUCUGAGCUUCAAAAAAAAGAAAAGAAAGUUGAACUAAUAUGGCUUUUGUACAAGAAUUUCUGAAGCAAGCCUUCUUUAUUGAAAAUAAUGAACAGCAGUAUGUGAAAAAUUCUAAAGUUGGCUCGGCAGUUCAAGCUUAUCCAAGCUUCAGUUCUUCAGCUGAUGCUGCUGCUCUGGACCAAGCAAUAACUGCGAAAGGAGUUGAUGAAGCAACCAUCAUUAAUUUGUUGACCAAAAGAACUAAUGCCCAGCGCCAGCAGAUCAAAGCUGCCUACCAGCAGUUAAAGGGAAAGCCCCUGGAAGAAGCUUUGAAAAAAGCCCUCAAAAGCCACCUAGAAGAUGUUGUCCUGGCUCUUCUGAAGACUCCAGCCCAGUUUGAUGCUGAUGAACUCCGCUAUUCCAUGAAGGGCCUUGGAACUGAUGAAGAUAUCUUAGUUGAAAUUUUGGCAUCCAGGAACAACCAACAAAUCAGAGAAAUUAGCAGAGCUUAUCAGGAAGCUUUUAAGAGAGAUCUUGCCAAAGACAUUGCUUCUGACACAUCCGGAGACUUCCAGAAGGCUUUGCUUGCCCUAGCAAAGGGUGACCGUGAUGAAAACCCUCAUGUGAAUGAAGAGCUGGCAGAUAAUGAUGCACGGGCUUUGUAUGAGGCUGGAGAAAGAAGAAAGGGAACAGACGUUAAUGUCUUCAUUAAUAUCCUCAGUACAAGAAGUUACCCACAUCUCCGAAGAGUUUUUCAGAAAUACACUAAGUACAGCAAACAUGACAUGAACAAGGCACUGGACCUGGAGCUGAAAGGAGACAUUGAGAACUGCCUGACAGCAAUUGGUAUGUGACCUGGCCCCUUAAUU